GAGGCGGACCCUCCAAGCCCAAACCUCUCCAUCCGUCUUCAUCUUCCUCGUUCACUCCGCCCCUCUCCUCACCCUCCUCCUCUCUUUAUACGCCUCCGCCCCUCCCCCAUUCCGCCGCAUUGCCAGCCGACCAGCAGAACCAGAGGAGAUGGCGGCCGCGUCCUUCACCGCCGCCAAGUUCCUCGCGCCGGCGCUGCCCGCGAGAUCCGGCGCCGACAGGGCGCCUUCCUUCUCCGUCUCCUCUGCCAUGAGGCCGCUCCGCCGCGUCAGGCCGGCGCAGCGCCUCCUCGCCGUCUCCUCCGACGUGCUUGCAGGGAACAAGGCCGCGCCCGCCGCCGCCGCGCAGCCGGCAGUGACACGGGAAGAGGCACUGGAGCUGUACGAGGACAUGGUUCUCGGCCGUAACUUUGAGGACAUGUGCGCGCAGAUGUACUACCGCGGCAAGAUGUUUGGUUUCGUGCAUCUCUACAACGGCCAGGAAGCCGUCUCCACCGGCUUCAUCAAGCUGCUCAACCAGCCCGACUGUGUCGUUAGCACGUACCGUGACCACGUCCAUGCGCUGUCCAAGGGUGUCCCGGCCCGUUCUGUCAUGGCCGAGCUCUUCGGCAAGGCCACCGGCUGCUGCCGUGGGCAGGGUGGGUCCAUGCACAUGUUCUCUGAACCCCACAACGUGCUUGGGGGUUUCGCUUUCAUUGGAGAAGGCAUCCCUGUCGCCACUGGUGCCGCCUUCGCUGCUAAGUACCGCCAUGAGGUGCUCAAGCAGUCUAGCCCUGAUGGUCUCGAUGUCACGAUUGCAUUCUUUGGAGAUGGUACCGCAAACAACGGCCAGUUCUUUGAGUGCCUCAACAUGGCUCAGCUCUGGAAGCUUCCUAUUAUCUUUGUUGUGGAAAACAACCUAUGGGCCAUCGGGAUGUCACACCUUAGGGCGACUUCGGAUCCUGAGAUCUGGAAGAAGGGCCCGGCAUUUGGAAUGCCUGGGGUACAUGUCGAUGGGAUGGAUGUCCUCAAGGUCAGGGAGGUGGCAAAGGAGGCAAUUGACAGGGCAAGGAGAGGUGAAGGGCCAACUCUAGUGGAAGCUGAAACUUACCGGUUCCGAGGUCACUCUCUUGCUGAUCCAGAUGAACUCAGGAGGCCUGAUGAGAAAUCCCACUACGCGGCGAGGGACCCCAUCACGCAGCUGAAGAAGUACAUCAUCGAGCAGAACCUCGCUUCCGAGGCUGAGCUGAAGAGCAUCGAGAAGAGGAUCGACGACGUGGUGGAGGAGGCCGUGGAGUUCGCGGACGCAAGCCCACUCCCUCCCCGGAGCCAGCUGCUGGAGAACGUGUUUGCCGAUCCCAAGGGCUUUGGCAUCGGCCCCGACGGCAAGUACCGGUGCGAGGACCCCAAGUUUACCCAAGGCACCGCUCAGGUCUAGCUGCCGCGGAAGCAAUGUUCGACAUGUUCACCUUGCGCAUGUACCGCCCUGUUUAGCUACUACCCCUAGUUUUGUUAAACCUGCCGUCGGUCAAUUUCUUUUGUUUGUAGAUGUGGUAUGUUGCUGUGUAACGCUGUAAUUCCUUGCUCUGCCAGCUCACUCUUUGAGCCGUUUUUACCCCAAAAAAAUGUUACCCAGUCCAGUUGCUCUACAGUAACUCUACAUCUAGCCUGGUUUGUAGUAAUUGGUACAGUAUUUAUAUUGAAAGGGAUGCGAAAACAUAUGUUUGUUGGAACUGUUGUACUAUGUUGCUUGGGAGAAUAUAUUCUUUUCGUUCGUACA